UUUCUUUCUAUUUUUGGUAGAAAAAGAUAUUUGUCUUUUGAAGACCAAACCAUCUCAAUCUGAAAUAGUUUAAAAACAAUGGUAGGAAACCAGUUUCCGUCACAUUCAAAGAUUACUAUGCUCGUUCCUCGUUCUGUCAAUGGAGAUGGCGAAAUCUUUGACAAUUGCAAAAGUAAGUAACCACAUACCUGAAGAUCUUGCAUUCUCUGCUGUUCUGUAUAAACUUCCUUUGAAAUCUUUGAAGCGAUUUGGAUGUGUAAGCAAAACAUGGUCUCUCUUAUUUCAAAACCCUAAUUUCUUGAGCAAGUUCCGCAAUAAUUUAAUAUCUAUUCCUCACUCUUACUACAAUGAUACAUCACUCCUCCUAAAUCAGGUUAUGUAUCAUGAUCAUAAUAAUAGUCAAGUUUAUUCCUCUAUGCAUUCACUUUUUGGUGAGAAAUAUGAGAAUAGACUCAAAUUAGAGUUUCCAAAUCCAUUUCAAGAGGAGGAUCCUUUCUUUAAUAUUUUGUGUUGUGGUAGUAUUACUGGAAUUCUUUGUCUUUUCCAACAUCACAAAGUUGUAUUGUGGAAUCCAACUACCCAUGAAUUCAAAGUCAUUCCUCCAAGCUCUGCUGAAUCUAUACCACCUCCUUGGGACCCUUCUCCGCUUCUCUAUGGAUUUGGUUAUGACCAUGUAAGUGAUGACUAUAAGAUUAUUAGGCAUGUAUGUUAUUUUUUAAAUACUCAAGGUGAGGAUUGGGAUGAUCUGUUGUCGUCGAGCCAAACAUGCUAUGAACACUUAUGGGAGAUUUAUAGCCUUCGAUGUAACUCUUGGAGGAAAAUUGAUGUCGAUAUUCCUAGAGAUUGGGAAGUCUCUACGGAGAAUGGAUUGUUUAUGGACGGAAUAUGUCAUUGGUACUCUAGUUGUACAAAGAACGAUGAUGAAUGUGAACAUAUCUUAGUGUCCUUUGACUUGACCAAUGAGGUGUCUUUUGCAACACUCAUACCCUUAGACAUAGAUGCCAAUGAAAAAUGUAAUUUCGUUCAGCGAAAUUUGAUGAUGUUAAAUGGGUCAAUUGCUUCGAUCUCAUGGUAUAUACAUACAUCUACUUUUCACAUAUCAGUUUUGGCCGAACUUGGUGUGAAGGAAUCAUGGACUAAACUCUUUGUUGUUGGACCUUUGCCUUACAUUCAGUAUCCUGUUGGUGCUGGGAAGAAUGGUCACAUAUUCUUCACAAAAAAAGAUGGAGGACUAGUCCACUUUGAUUUAACUACCCAAAUGAUUGAGGAACUUGGUGGUGUCAAAGGAGCGCAUUAUUAUUCUGAAGUAAUAAUUUAUAAGGAAAACCUUCUUUCGAUUGGAGGAAUAAAUCAUUAGUUGGUUUUCGCUUGUCACCUAAGAGGUUGUUGAUUGGGUUUAUUAGGAUAAUUUCAUCUUGUAUAAUAAAAAGGGGGGUUUUCAAUCACCCAUAUCAUAAUAGUGAUUAUGAGGAUAUUGCUGCUGUAUCAAUUUUAUGAGGAUAUUGAAAAGUCUAUUCUCUUCUGUUGGAAAACGGAUGUGCUUUUUAUUUCAAAUAUUGGAAUAAUUUUUUGGCUUUUUCUUAUCUGCUCGAAUUUUAUAUAGAAAUAGAUUAUAUUUGGAUAAUAUGAGAAGCCUAUAUUUGUUUGAAUUUCAUUUUAUUCUACUUGUAAUAUCUAUGCUCUAUGUUUGAGUUUACACUGUAAUUUUGUCUUGUAUGUCCUUUGGCUUAGGAAUCAUGCUGAUGAGAUUUCAGAGCUGUAAUUAUACAAACAUAGAUAUUAUCC